AUGUCACAGACCUCGCUUGAGCUCGUUACUCCCAAUCGAAAUGUGUCAGAUGACGCAGUCCAUUUACAGAACCUGGAUCAACGCUUCGAGUCGCGAGCAACAGAUGCCGAGUUCUCGCUGCCUCCUGUUGAUGGUGGAAGAAAGGCAUAUCUAUUCUUAGCAGCCUGUUGGGUCGUUGAAGCUGUGACUUUUGGUUUUGGGUUCUCAUUCGGCGUCUUUCAAGAGUACUACAGUCAUCAUGAGCCUUUCGCGGGCUCGAACAGUAUCGCUGCCAUUGGAACCACAACAACUGGCAUGUUGUAUCUCGGAGCACCAUUCGUGGUCAUUAUAUGCCGCUUCUACCCCCGCCAAGCUCGCUGGUUCACCUACGCUGGUCUCUUUGUAACGUCUCUAGCCAUGGUUAUGAGUUCCUUUUGCAUCACUGUUCCUCAACUUAUCGCAACACAAGGAGUGCUCUUUGGGAUCGGAGGCUGCUUCGCUUACUGUCCUUGUACUCUCUAUAUCGACGAGUGGUUCGUUCGUCGUAAGGGCUUUGCUUAUGGAAUUGUCUGGAGUGCUGCUGGAGCUGGAGGUGCCGUUCUUCCUCUGGUUCUGGAGACGCUCCUCAAGAACUUUGGCUUCCAAACUACUGUCAGAAUAUGUGCGGGCAUCUUAUUUGGAAGUGCAGCUCCAAUUGCAUACUUCAUCAAGCCUAGGCUACCAUUAUCGGCCACUAUCCACAGAAAGCCUCUGAAUAUGCGGUUCGUCACAUCCAGGGUGUUUCUUCUGUAUCAACUUGUCAACGUCGUUGAAGCAACAGGCUACUUCCUCCCUACAAUCUACCUUCCCACUUAUGCUCGAACAACCUUUGGUACCUCAACGAUCCUCUCAGCUUUGACGGUUAUUCUGGUCAAUGUCGCUACGACGAUUGGUCUGAUGGUCAUGGGAUCUCUCAGCGAUAAGCUUGCAGUUACGACAUGUAUGCUCAUAUCUGCGGUAGGCGUGGGUAUUUCAGUCCUACUUGUCUGGGGACUUACAGCAUCUCUCCCUAUCCUGUAUGUUUUCUGCGUCAUGUACGGCCUCUUCGCAGGAUCUUGGGCCUCGAUCUGGCCAGGAAUUAUGAGAGAAGUGACACAAAAGUUUCAGGAUGAAAACGAGCACGUUGACCCUGUCAUGGUGCAUGGACACCUCUGCGUGGGCAGAGGAGUUGGAAACAUCAUCUCCGGACCCUUGAGCGGUUCUCUUAUUCGAGGUCAACCAUGGCAGGGAAAGGUUAUUGGGGGUUAUGGAAGUGGAUAUGGCAUUCUGAUUUUGUACACCGGCCUCACGGGCCUGGUGAGUGGUAUGAGCUUUUUGUGGCGAUACGUGAAUGUUUUGUAA